AUGGCGGCGGCGCGGCGGCUCCCGGCCGGGCUCUUCGCCGUCUACAAGCCGCCGGGGGUGGCCUGGGAGCGGCUGCGCGGCGCGCUGGAGACGCGGCUGCUGCGCGGUGAGCGGCUCCACGUGCGCUUCCUGCCCGGCCCCGCCGCGGGCGCCGCCGCGCCGGGCCUGGUGGCCGCCCGCGUGCCGGUGCUGGCCGAGCACCCCCUCGUGACAGGCCCGAGGUUCCGGCGGCUGCGGAUGGGAGCAGGGCACCGGCUGGACACCAAGGCCUCGGGCGUGAUGGUGCUUGGCAUCGGCCACGGGAACAAGCUGCUCGCUGACCUGCACAACUGCCACCUGAGCAAGGUUUACACUGUUGGUGGGCUGUUUGGUAAGGCCACAGAUGACUUCUCAGAUACAGGGAAGCUAGUAGAGAAGACAACAUAUGAUCAUAUCACAAGGGAAAAGCUGGAGCGGAUUCUCGCUGUCAUUCAAGGAUCAAAUCAUAAGGCCCUACUGCUGCAUUCCAACAUUGAUAUGAAAACUCAGGAGGCCUAUGAGAUGGCUGUCAAAGGCUUGAUCCGCCCCAUGGGAAAAAGCCCCCCCAUAAUCACAGUAAUUCGAUGCCUCCAGUUUGCGCUUCCGGAAUUCCAGCUAGAAAUCCACUGUUUGCAUGAGACUCAGCAGUACCUCCGAAAAAUUGUUCACGAGAUCGGGCUGGAGCUGAAGUCAUCCGCAGUGUGCACCCAAGUGCGGCGAAUCCGCGACGGCGUCUUCACCCUGGAUGAUGCUCUGCUGAGAACGCACUGGAACCUGCAGAGCGUCCAGAAUGCCAUUUGGGACUGUCAGCUUAAAGUGAAAACAGAGAUAGAGAAAACCCUGGGUCCUCAAGAUAAAAGUGGUUUUCAUCAUGCAGACGCUGAAAUGGCCCAGGCUGGGGAGAGCUGAGCAUACGUGUGGUCCCUUGUGGAGGCACCAUCCACAAGUGAUCCCUGCGACACAGUAAGGCAGCUCCAUGCUGACGGAAUGAUGGRCAGCAGAAGGGAAGAGGUUAAUUGCAGUUCACUUCCACCCUUUCCUUGAGAUGACUUUAAUCAUCUUUUUUUUUUUUUCUUCUUUUUCAUUGACAGGCUGUAUUUUUUUUUUAAAGCAUUGCAAAUGGUUCAUUAGCAGGGGCUGCUGUGCCAAAAUUCCUGUUGACUUUGGGAACAGCAAGUUGCUAAGGGCUAUGAAAACCCAUCUCCAGAUUUUUUAGCAGCAGGAAGAAGUGUCUUACAGAGCUGCAUUCCCUUUAUUGCAGUUGUUUGCAACUAGCAGCAUAACCUCGCUACUGUAUGAGUUUUCCUUGUGUUCUUGGAUAUUUUUGUUUUUCUUAUAUAUUCUAAUGUGUAUUUCCUACACAUUACCCUUGCUUUUAGAUUUCAGACAUGSAAGAGCCCAAAAUUCAUCAAAAGAGGGCUGUGCAGAGGAAAACACAUCUUAUGUGAACAAGAAAUUGUUACAUCCAACCCAGGCACGUGAAAGAGGCUUGUGAUGCGGGACUGACGCAUACRAUAAAAACACAAGAAAUAAAACACAUCUGAAAGU